AUGGCAGGCCAGGAGGUUGUGCAGAAAGACUCCGCGCUGCUCAAGUGGGUGUCAGAGCACCGCCUCCCUGGCAUCACCAGGCUGGUGCUCAGCAGCGUCUACUUCUUUUUGAACUCCGGCCCUACUGUACUUCUUGCAGUGGACCAGGCAGACCACGAAACCAACAUAAUGGUUGAGACCAAGAUCCGUGAGGUCAUGAAGCCAAAACGAACUGGCGAGGUAGAUCUGUACACUCAGGCAGAAGGAGGCAGAUAUUUCGGCGUUGCUGAUGGGACUUUGCCUGGCUUCACCUACUUUGGCGUGUCACCUGACCACCUUCCUCGGGUUGUCGUUUUCGAUGACUCUGAUCACUGGGUGGAGGAUGCGCAAUAUCUGAGGGUGGAGAAGCUGGCUGAGCAUCUUCCGCGCGUUGCAAGGAUGUGGAGAGUCAGCAGCACACCUCGAGGAUAUGUACUCUGGGUUGCGAAAAAGUUCGUGGCCUUCUACCUCAAAGCAGAACCUCGACUGAAUGUCAAAUUCAUCCAAGAAGGGUCCAGCACAGAGCGGAAGUCCGGUCCCAGCUAA